GCUGUCGCGGCGCCAUGGGGCUGGCGGCGGCGCGGGGCUGGGCGCUGUCCCCGCUGUCGCCGGGCCCGGCGGAGCGCAGCCGGCCCUACGCUGUGCUGCAGCACCAGAACCUGGUGCUGCUGGGCAGCAUCCUCAGCGCUCUGCUGCUCACCAUCAUCCUCAUGGCCAUCUGCGUGUACCGGCCCGUCCGGCGGCGGUAGCGGAGCGGGACCCGCCGGGGCAUCCGGAGAAUGCUGCAUCCCACCCGGUUCUCCCGCCUGGAACCCGCCAUCCCAGCACCGCUUCAGCCCUGCCGGUUCUCCCGUCUGGUUCCCACCGUCCCGGCUCUGCUCCGGACCCAGCAGGUUCUCCCCUCCGGUCCCGCCCGGUUCUCCCGUCCGCUCCCGGGGAUGCGCUGAGGAUGCGAGCGUGGCUUUUCCCCCGUCUCUGCCCGUGCUGUAUCCCGUGGCUCCACCGUGAUGUGGCUUCCAGCAGUGCUCUGGCGGGAUGCUGGAAAUCAUCCUCUUCCUCAGCAAAGACUCCUGGAGCUCCUGGGGCGUGUCCUGGAGCAGGGGCUGAGCAAAACCUCCCAAAUCCCCGCGUUUUGGUGAGGCUGAUCCCGCCCCGUGUGCUCCAGAGCAUCCCCGGGCCCUCGGUUGGCACAAGGACAGGGCGAGACUGGCGGCAUUGUGCGAGGAGCAGCUCCACGUGCUCGGUCACACCACCUCUGCUUUUUGCUUUCUGAUUAAUUCAGGUCCCUGUUUGAACGCCUGGGGGUUGGACGAGGCUCUGAGCAAGCUGGGGUUGUGGGCAGGAGGUGGAACAAGAUGAGCUUUAAGGUCCCAUUCAAAAAUAUUCCAAAGGUAAAAGCUCAGUGAGCCAGCCAGCAGUGGGUGGAGGGUCUGGCCCAUUCCUGCCACUGGUGCAUGAUCUGAUCCUGGUGUAGUUUUCCCAAGCCAGGCUUCUCAUUCCCAACGUUAUUUGCUUUAACUCCUGGCUGAAAAGCCCCAAAUAAUUUCCCAUCAAACCAGCCGUGCUGAACCUGCUGGGAACCGGGGUGCAGGUGAGGGGUUCCAGCAUGUGCUGGUCACUGUCCUCCUGCAAACAGGAGCCUCCAAAGCUCUGCAAGCCAGGCAGAUGCUCUGGAAGAGUUUCAGCUCCAGCCAGACCCAUUUUAUGCAGUUUUCAGUAACAAGUGUUUACACUGAAUCCCACUUCCAUACCAAUGCUGCUAUUUUGUUUUGCACUGCUACAAGUAGUAACUGGAUUUUACUAAUUAUUACUUUAAUAUUUAACAUAGGGGUGUUUUGCUUAGUAAUUUAUUUAGAGUUUUAAAGUGUAACUUCCAGAACAAUUGUUGUUGACCUGUUCUCAAGCCCUCGUGCUGCCUCUGAGGUGUUUUCUGUUUCAAGGACACCGAGUGCUGGCAUUGAACAGGGAUUUUCUUUGUUUUGAGAAAUGACAGAUGAGUUGUUAAUCCAAGAGUAAGGCAGCAAGGCAGCACUGUUCUUUCUAUUGCUUUCUGCUCCUUCUUUUGAUUCUUGUGUUCCUGAUUUUCCUUGCUCCUUCAUCUCUGUGAAGCCUGGCCUGCAGCCUGUGCUGCUCGUGGGGGUGGAUGGUGAAGCUCCCAGCCCCAGCUCUGCAUUCCCAGGAGCAGAAUUCCUGUUUGCUCUCAUUCCUCACUCCCUGCUAUGCCUCUUUGUACAAAUAAAAGGCUCAGUAAACAA